AAGAAUUUGAGCUUGGUAGGACAAACUGAAAGUUAUACAAGGUACCAGGUAAUUCGUAAUUGUCAUAUAUACAAUACUGUUAGAAUGAAAUAUGAUGCUAAGUUAAAACCAUCGUUAGAGUUUUAUAAAAUCAGUGGAUGGAAGUGCUCAUCGGCCAAAUAAGAGCAUAUUUUAUGGGCAAAGUGAUCGUAGAGAAAUGUUAAUAGUACUAAUCAGAAGAAAUUUUGAAAAUCUCACGCCAUAGUAAAAUUGGCGCUAUCAAUUCGACUGUAAGCAUGUCUAUUGAAGUCUUCAUACAACGCCACCAAUAGUGGCAAAAAAGUAACUUCUUAUUUCGUCUAUAUAGAUGGGCGAUCGUUUGAUUCGAAAUCUUGGCGUGCGAUUAGUGGCGAUUGUUGGAAGCAUUGUCUGGGGAACUUACAGUACGAUUAAUCUUUUUGAGUCUGACAAUUAUAUCUGGUUUUCCUAUUUCAAUUAGCGAUUGUCUACAAUUACCUUUUUCACUUUUAAUAUCAUUAACAGGAAAACUCUUUCCCGAGCGCGUAAUAAUAUUUCUAAUAAAAUUGCCCAACGUGAUGGAGAAUUCUAAUGGCACGAUUCUUGAAGCAGUUGCAGCCAAUACUAUUAGUUUUAAAACGGUACUAAAUUAUUGUUUGUAUUCAGCAGUGAAUAAUACGAAAAUGAAUACUACGGCUUUGACUAAUUUAACAAAAUUAAACUCAAGUGCACAAACAGUAGUGGAACAUUAUGAAGUCGAGAUAUGGUUGACAGUUUGCCAAAUUAUCGAAGGCAUUCUCCUCGUUGUUACAAUAUGGAUACUGGUGUCUAUGAUUAUGUAUGGAUACAAAGCUAAAAAAUUUGAGAGAAAGGGUGGAACACCAUGGCUUAACGGUCGAAAUUUAUAUGUCUUCUGUGUAGUAUCUGUUACGUCCAUUGUAGUUCGGUUUGCGUGGGCACAAGUGGUAAUUGAAGUACCACGAAGAAGUGAUUCUUCGGAGUUAUGUGAGGCAAUUAUAGACAUUACCGGAAUUUCAUACACAAUGUGUUUGGGAACAGUCUAUGUAUUUUUAUGGCUAAGACAGCGAACGAUCUACACCAACCCCAAAAUAAGAAAAUUAACGGGAAAUUGUGCGAAUUAUUUAAGCUGGAUUUCCAUGAUUUUGCUAUGCAUUGUAGCAGCUGUGCUAACAUGCAUCAUCACAGCACCGAUGAUGUAUAAAGCCGGGCCUCAUGGUUGCAUAAUAAAAGAAGGGGUAAAUUAUGAAGUAUAUUAUGCUCUUGUAUCUGACUCGUUAUUUCUCUUUCAAUUUGCUCUACUAGGUUUGUUUAUUUACCCAAUAACAAAAAAUACAACUUCAAAAAGCGACUUCGCAGCAAAACAUGAUUCAUCAGAUCAUCCAGAAAAUACGAUACCUUUGUUUCGCUUCUGCACACCUAAUGGACAACAUCUAAGCAAAGUUGAAAAAAUGAUUCGUCGUUCUGUGAUCAGUACAUGCGUGGCAGUAGCAUCAGAUGUCACUUCCAUGCUCGUCGUUAAUUACGUCACUGUACCAAUCGGUCUUCCAAUUUCAGUUGGUGUGACGUUGUAUGACGUCAGCAUCCUAAUAAAUGUAUUUUGUAUGUUGAUGACUUUUGGUAGUCACAGACGCAUCCUAACAGUAUUAUGCGGGCAUAAUAAUAAAAAAGUUCCGGGUUCUUCAACAGAAACUGACGAGAGUGCAUGAAUUGUAUGAAUCUAACGUCACAAUAAUCGUGAUUAUACUGUACGUUACACGGCAUCGAUGUCCCUCGCCAUAAGGUCCUAUUCCAUCAACCGCUCAUAUUUAGAUAACCAAGUAUAGCAGUUACGGAUUUGAAUUCCGGGUAGUACUGAUAUAUUUAUGUUGGAAAAAAUAGUCGACAAUAUGAAAUCGGUGCAUUAUUUAACAAGAAAGCAUUUCUGGACCUUCAAACUUUAUAUAUAUAUAUAUAUACAUCAGUGUCCAUCAGCUUUUUAGUAGUCAUUUCUGUGGCUUAUUAUGCUUUAAUUUUCCGGCAUAUUGACAUUCACUUUCAAAAGUACGUAAUG